GCAGUAUGUGAGCUGCUUCUGUUCCUCCAAACUAUCCAGAACAAACUCCAGAAUGAGUUCUUUAUUUCGUAGUGAGGAGAUGUGUCUCGUGCAGCUGUUUUUUCAAACCGAAUCGGCUCACAAUUGCAUCAGUGAACUUGGGCAUCUUGGAUUGGUUCAGUUUAAAGAUCUGAAUCCUGGUGUAGCGGCAUUUCAGAGGCGAUUUGUGAAAGAAGUGAAGAAAUGUGAAGAAAUGGAGAGAAUUCUGAGGUAUCUUGAGAAGGAGAUGGUGAAAUCUAACACUGUAAUUGCUGCAACAAAGGAGAAGGAGAUGGUUCCCUGUGCCAGAGAUGUUCUGGAGCUUGAGUCCACAUUUGAGAAGUUGGAGCAGGAACUGCGAGAAAUCAACCGUAACCAUGCCGCACUCAGACAGAACCUCAUUGAGCUGAUGGACAUUGACUCUCUGCUGAGGAUGACUGAAGACUUCUUUGAAGAGGCCGAAUCGCUGCUAACCUACUCUGAGCCUCCCUCUGAAGACUCAGUGUCUAUGACCGUCUCAUCACACAUAACCAGCCGCAGAAACAGCAACUCCAGCACCUCUGGAGCUCUACAUCUUAGCUUUAUUGCAGGUGUGAUCAAACAAGAAAGGUUUCCUGCUUUUGAAAAGGUUCUUUGGCGCCUUUUUCAUGGAAAUUUCGUCCUUCGGCAUGCAGAGAUGCAGGCCACUGAGGAACUCCAAGCAGUGAGGGGAGCUGUGAAGAAGGACGUGUUCAUUAUAUUUGUCCAGGGAGAUCAUGUGCGAGAAAAAAUCAGAAAAGUGUGUGAAGGAUUUCGUGCCAGCUUGUACUCAUGCCCCAAAACUCUGUAUGAACCCAAGCAAAUGAGUACCAGCGUAAUGACACAAAUGGAAGAUCUUCGGAUGAUCCUGAGAAGAACUGAAGAAUAUCGUGCCGGUGUCUUGACGCGAGCAGCGGAGCACGUCCAGGAGUGGGGCAGUAAAGUGAAGAAGAUGAAGGCCAUCUACUACACCCUCAAUCUCUGCAACAUAGACAUCACGCAGAAGCUGAUCGUGGCAGAGAUCUGGUGUCCUGUGUCAGAUCUCACUUUAGUACAAAGCGCCCUGAUUAAGGGAUCUGAGCAGAGUGGAUCCAGCGUGACUCCAGUACUGAACCGAAUCCAAACCCAGCAAACUCCACCAACCUUCAACAGAACCAACACAUUUACUGAGGGAUUCCAGGCUAUUAUUGACGCCUAUGGGGUCGGUACUUAUCAGGAGAUCAAUCCAGCUUCAUACACUAUUGUAACCUUCCCUUUCCUGUUUGCGGUGAUGUUUGGAGAUUGUGGUCAUGGACUGGUGAUGACGCUGUUUGCAGUCUGGGUCACUUCACAAGCUGAAUCUUUACGAAAGUGGAAAAAUGAGCUGACAGAUGUCGUGAUCGGGGGACGCUAUAUUAUCCUGCUCAUGGGAAUGUUCUCCAUAUACACUGGCCUGAUUUACAAUGACUGCUUCUCCAAGUCCUUCAACAUCUUCGGCUCUUCCUGGUGUGUUCUGUCCAUGUUUCAUCCUCACGGGCCGUGGCAAAAUGAAACGCUGCAUGAGUAUCACCAUCUUCAGCUGAACCCAUUUGUGCCUGGAGUUUAUUCUGGAGACCCGUAUGUGUUUGGAAUUGACCCGGUUUGGAAUAUUGCAUCAAACAAGCUGUCCUUUCUAAACUCCUUCAAGAUGAAGAUGUCGGUCAUAUUGGGAGUCAGUCAUAUGCUCUUUGGAGUCGCCCUGAGUUUGGUGAACUUUGUACAUUUCCGAAAAUUCCAGGACAUUUUCCUUCAGUUUGUUCCACAGCUGAUCUUCAUGCUGUCUCUCUUCGGAUACCUGAUCUUCCUCAUCCUCUAUAAAUGGUGCAUCACUCUACGCUCUGAAACGGCUCCCAGCAUUCUGCUGCUCUUCAUCAACAUGAUGCUGUUUGAUUACCAGUCUGAACAUGUGCUUCUGUACAGAGGACAGGUGUUUGGGAACAAUCUGAAUGAUCAGCAUGGAACAGAUACACGCUCUUCCUUCUCACAACAUCAGAAGGAUGAGAUGGUAAGUAUGGGUGACAUCUUUGUGUAUCAGGCCAUCCACACAAUCGAGUUCUGCCUGGGCUGCAUCUCCAACACGGCCUCGUACCUUCGGCUCUGGGCGCUCAGUCUGGCUCACGCAGAGCUGUCAGAGGUGCUUUGGAGGAUGGUUCUCCAGGUGGGCCUGAAGAUCUCCUCUGGUAUGGGUUCACUCAUGCUGGUAGUGCUGUUUGCUGCUUUCGCUGUUCUCACCGUGACUGUUCUUCUGAUUAUGGAGGGCCUGUCUGCCUUUCUGCACGCUUUACGACUACACUGGGUUGAAUUUCAGAACAAGUUUUACGAGGGAUCCGGCUACAAGUUCACACCCUUGUCCUUUGACAGCCUGUUAAAAACACAGCAGUAAUAGUUUUUAUACGUGCUAUUCUUGUAGUUUUUAAUGUAAAUAUAGUUUUGUGAAUGUAACAAAUGCAUAUUUCAAAUCAGGGGUCUUCAACAGGGAUCUCACAAGAAUUGUGUAAAAUGAAAUUCUGAAAAUUCGCAAGAUGUAGAUGAGUUUGUUUCUUCAUCAGAACAGAUUUGGAGAAAUGU